UUCAGCUGGAAAUUGAGCACCCAGAUAGAAUGAGGUGACUGUGGACUUAUGGAAAAAGUAUAAAGAGCCUCACAUCUGUAGAUCUCACUAGAAAGGAUCAGAUCAACACGAGCUUUCAAUCUUCACUUCUUUAAUAUCAUCUUUUCUGCAAUCAGAACAACAGAUUCUCCCAAAAUGAAAUCAACAAUUGCUUUCUCGGCUCUUUUAGCUGUAGCCACCGCCAACCCAUUCCUCAAAGCUCGAACACUCGAUAUAUCAGCAUAUAAAGCCGUUCCCACUGCUCCUGCUAGGGGAGCCCCCGCUGGAAACACCGUGACAGCGAGUAUAACAUACAAUCCAAAAUCUGUAUCAGAUGCUGCUGUUGCAGCAGCUACAGUAUCUGUCGCCGUGAUCAAUCGUAGACAUAAGCGCAGCACUUGUCCAAGUACUUGCGCUGCCUUACCUGCCGGAAAUGGGCCUAGGGUCAACAGUCCGGACACCGUAGCAGCUUUCGAAGCAGAUCUAAAUCUUUCCGAUGCAGCACUGAACGCGGUGACCCCUCCAGGCUAUGUUCGUGUCGAUGGCUUUCAAAAUGUUCACGCCGCUGCCGAAUCCGCCACAUACUUGACAUAUAUCUCCGACUCUUUCACGUCUUACGAUCCGGCUAUUUGUGCCAAUGCAUGCAAUGACAUACAGGGCUGCACCUCAUUCAAUAUCUGUAAGUGCUGUUCUAGUAAUUUUUGCGGAAAAGCUGACAACCCUAGUUUUCGAGCGAGAUCCAACUGUCGCUCCAGACGCGGAUGACUGUCCAAAUCCUCCAUCCCAAACACUUAUAAAAUGUUCACUAUUCGGUGGCUUGUUGGAUCCUUCAUUGGCUAGAAACAAUGGCCAGUUCCAAGCUGAUUUCCAAGUUGUGAUUGCUGGCUCGAACGCGUAUAAUGCGGUUGCUCCACCAGCAAUCCCGGGAUAUGGAGGAGUGCAGGAUUUUGGAACUGCUACCAUUGAUGCCCCCGCCAACACUACAACAUAUAGUACGUACUAAAGAAUCCCACAAAGUGGAGCUCGUAUGAAUUUUACUAAUCCAUGAAUAGUGGGAGUUCAGGCUUUCCCUCAGACUCAGCCUUAUGAUCCAACUGUCUGUGCGGCCGCAUGCACUGCGAAGAGUAACCCUGGUUGUGCGUUCUUCGUGUCUUAUAUCUUGUACGAGAAUGGACGAAAUGGAGUAUUGUAAGAUACCUUUUUUAUUACCUGUUCCCAUCUCAUUUUAUUUAGUCUUGCUUCCACAUCUUACUUCAAGAGAUUUCCUGAUUCGCAAUUACUGAUUUGCCAAUGUUACAGUACUUGCACAUAUUUCACCGUUUCCUACGGAUCCGACAGAGCGAUUGAGACCGGGCAAUACGAUGAGCAAGGAAACCAUUACACCAUCGGGCACAGCUUUGGAUUCACCGCCGAUGGUUACACAGCCUACUAGUUCAAGUUGGUAGCGGCGUCAUAAGUAGCAAGCCAUGGUGGCGUUCGAGUCGAACUGAUGGGAUGAAUUAAUGAAGACUCUAGUUUGAACAAUGGCGUACAGAAGUUAUUAGUAUAUGAAUAGAUUUCUGUGAAUUUCUCGCGAUCAAACUA